AUGUUUUACAGCGAGGAGCAGCUCGACCAGUACUUCAAUCACAUCAACUACCCUCGCGAGAAGCAUGCGUCGGAUGCGCUGCAGCUGCUCACAGAGCUCCAAGCUCAUCAUCUCGCGAGAGUUCCCUUUGAGAGCUUGACAUUGCACUACUCGAAACACCGACAGAUCUCGCUGGAUCUGCAAGACCUCUUCCGCAAGGUUGUGAUCGAGAGCCAUGGCGGCUACUGCAUGGAGAUGAACGCGUUGUUCGGCGCUGUCCUGAAGAGUCUCGGUUACACCGUCCUCAGCGUUGGCGGGCGAAUUAAAGGAGACGAGCGCUUUGGAGGAUGGUCACAUAUGCUCAACCUCAUCACUAUUGAAGGACAGCGCUACAUGGUAGACGUUGGCUUCGGUAAAGGCGCAGCUAUGAUUCCGGUGCUGAUGAAGAAGAGUGGCGGUCAUGAGUUUACCACCAUCGCCCCUCUGCGAGGCAAGCUGGUCUAUGAGCAAUUAGAUCAGCACACGGAUCCCAACCAGCGGAUGUGGGUGUAUUAUUCCACUGAUAGCGCCGACGGCCCGUUUAGGCAGCGGAAUUGCUUUACUGAGCUAGAGUUCUUCCCAGAGGACUUUGAGGUCAUGAACUUGGCUACUAUGAGCAGACCGACGAGCUACUUUGUCAAGACGGUUUUGGCAAUGAGGACGAUUCUGGACCCUGAGACGCGGAAAGCGAUUGGAACGAUUGUUCUGCACAAGGAUGAAGUCAAGCGCAAGAUUGGCGACCAACUCGAACUUCUCGAGACGCUAAAGAACGAGGCGGAGCGUGUGGCAGCUCUGGAUAAAUAUUUCUACGUCAAGCUUAGACCGGAGGAGCAGAAAGCCAUCAAGGGACUUCCGACCGAGUUGGUGGGAAAUUGA